AUGACGGAGGAUGUGAAAAAUUAUUUGAAUAAAAAAAUAGAUGAAAUUAGUAUGGAUUUAAAAGAAAGCUUAAAUUGUUUAAAAGAAGGACAGGAUAAAUGUCAAAAAUUUAUGGAAAAUGUCCUUGAAAAUUGUCAAAGUAAUUUAAAUCAACUUAAGUCUUACAAAAAUGACUUCACUAGCUCAAAAAGUGAACCAAAAAAGAAAAAUGACGAUUUUUCUUUAUCUUUUAAUGUUGUUUCUGAUUAUUUUCAAUACAUCAAUAAAACUGUUCAAGAUUACAUCCAAAAAUACAAUGAACUGGAAAUUAAAUACAAUUCAUUAGUAGAUAUGUGCAAUAAAAUAAUAAUUGAGACUAAUAACAAACACUCAUCAUUAGAGGCGAAAAUUAGUGAAAUCGAAGAAAAGACCAAAAAAAUUUCAAUACCAAAUGGAAAUGAAUUAAUUUCAAGCCCGAAAAAUGAUCCUGACUCAAGAAAUAUGAAUAAAAACCCUCCAAAGAGAAAAAAAAAGGGGUUAAUCAAUAUAGGUAACAGUUGUUAUAUGAAUUCAGCUUUACAGAUCUUUGCAAGUGUUCCAAGUUUCAUCGAAAAUAUAAGAAACAUUGAAAAUGACUUGUUUUAUUGUUUAGGUGACAUACUAUCGUCGAUAACAGAUCCCUAUUCUAUAAAAAUAGACGAAAAAUUAAAAAAACUAAGAAGCUUGCUUGCCAACAAAUACCCUAUGGUAAUUUAUAUUUAGUUUGGUGGAAAUACAGAAAAUGAUUGCAAAGAAUUAUAUGUUAUCAUAAUAAAUUUAUUUAUGGAACUUUACCAAAGCGAAAUGUUUUUAAUAAACAAAAACCAAGCGAUAAUUUGUGAAAGUAACCACAGGUUAGAAUUAUCUGAACAUCAACUAUUUUUAACUAUAACUGAUAAUGAAUUGUCAAUUAAAGAGUGGCUAAAUCAGCUUGAAAAUGAAAAAACAAUAUUUCAUGGAGAUAAUAAUUUAUUUUGUGAAACUUGUGGGCAGAGAUCCGAUUCAGAGAUGGUGACAGAAAGCAUUGAGCCUCAUGAAAUUUUAGCUUUUUAUAAUGCUAAAAGUAAAAACCCGAUUGAAAAUAUUCCUGAUUUUGUAUCCUUAGGGGAAAAUCAGUAUGAAAUCUUUGGAAUAAUUUGGUACAAUAGAAGCCACUACAUAGCUUAUACAAGAGAAGAGGGAAUUUGAAAUGAAUACAAUGAUAGCUAUGUCACAACAAAUAAGCAUCCAAAUCCAAAAAAUAUCUAUAUGCUUUUUUAUAAAAAAGUUAUAAUUAAUUAG